UGUGAUUUCCACUUUCAGUUAGUGUGGCAAGUGUGACAAUAUCUUGUUGCGCUAUAAGCAAAUUUAGCAGAGAAACUUUUUUUUUAGUUUUUUUGUUGCUGGCUUCAAUUUUAGUUAUUCCGGGCGUCGUAUUUUUUUUUUUUUUGCGUUUUUGGACUUGGGAAAAACAAUUUCCACCAUGCACAAGCUAUACAUUGGGAAUCUAGGCGACAGCGUGACUGCCGAGGACUUAGGAAAAACCUUUGACGACCACAAGAUCCCAUACUCCGGACAGUUUCUAAUGAAAACCGGCUAUGCGUUUGUGGAUUGUCCGGACGAUCAGUGGGCCAUAAAGGCUAUCGAGACGUUUUCUGGUAAAGUGGAACUUCAAGGGAAACGUAUUGAGGUCGAGCACUCCGUCCCCAAGAAGCAAAGGACCAGGAAACUGCAGAUCAGAAACAUUCCACCUCACCUGCAGUGGGAGGUGCUGGAUGGUCUGUUGGCUCAGUGUGGAACCGUAGAGAACUGUGAACAAGUGAACACAGACAGUGAAACUGCAGUGGUUAACGUCACAUAUGCAUCCCGGGAGCAUGCCAGGCAAGCCAUCCAGAAGCUGAAUGGAUACCAGUUUGAGAACAACGCCCUGCGCGUCUCCUACAUCCCCGACGAGAACUCCGAGCUGGAGGGAGGCCAGCGGGGGCCCGAUAAUGGCCGGCGCGGUUACGGGCCCCGAGGCGGGCCUCGCGGCGGCUCCCCGAGCUCCGGGAUGCCCUCCAAACCUCCACACGCCGACAUCCCUCUGAGACUGCUGGUAUCCACACAGUAUGUCGGAGCCAUCAUUGGCAAGGAGGGAGCCACCAUUCGCAACAUCACCAAGCAGACACAGAGCAAGAUUGACGUGCACCGCAAGGAGAACGCAGGAGCUGCCGAGAAGCCGAUCAGCAUCCACUCGACCCCCGAGGGCUGCUCAGCCGCCUGCCGCAUGAUCCUGGACAUCAUGCACCAGGAGGCUAAAGACACCAAGACUGCCGACGAGGUUCCUCUCAAGAUUCUGGCUCACAACAACUUUGUUGGACGCCUGAUCGGGAAGGAGGGACGCAACUUGAAAAAAGUUGAACAGGACACAGACACCAAGAUCACCAUCUCCCCUCUUCAGGACCUGACACUGUACAAUCCAGAGAGAACCAUCACAGUCAAAGGCUCGAUCGAAGCCUGCUGCCAUGCCGAGGUGGAGGUGAUGAAGAAGGUCCGAGAGGCCUACGAGAACGACAUCGCUGCCAUGAAUCAACAGACCCACCUGAUCCCAGGGCUCAACCUCGGUGCUCUUGGCCUCUUCCCCUCCUCCUCCAAUAUGCCCCCACCCCCUCCUGGAAACGCGUCCGGCAGUGCCCCCUAUGGUUGCUUCGGGGCUCCAGAGCAGGAGACGGUCCAUGUGUACAUCCCAGCACAGGCAGUGGGAGCCAUCAUUGGAAAGAAAGGACAGCACAUCAAACAGCUGAGCCGCUUCGCUGGGGCCUCCAUUAAGAUCGCCCCGGCAGAAUCUCCAGACUCCAAAAUGAGGAUGGUGAUAGUGACCGGACCCCCCGAGGCUCAGUUUAAGGCUCAGGGCAGAAUCUAUGGCAAACUGAAGGAGGAGAACUUCUUUGGGCCCAAGGAGGAGGUCAAACUGGAGACUCACAUCAAGAUGGCUGCUGCGGCUGCAGGCAGGGUCAUUGGCAAGGGAGGCAAGACGGUGAAUGAGCUGCAGAACCUGACAGCGGCCGAGGUGGUGGUCCCCAGGGAACAGACCCCGGAUGAAAAUGACCAGGUCAUCGUCAAGAUCAACGGACACUUCUACGCCAGCCAGUUGGCUCAGAGGAAGAUCCGGGACAUCCUGACCCAGGUCAAACAGCCACAGAAAGGCGGCAUGGGCCCAGGCCCGGGCCCUAACCCCCAGGGCUUUACAGAGAUGGGCAGCCCCACGCAGGGACUGAGUCAGGAGCACCAGCCGCGCAGGAAGUGAGGGCCCCGCACCUUCCUCACAUGCCGUGGGGGCCCCUGCCUGACGGACGGACAGACAGACGGACAGACACAUGCACGGACGGAUAGACAGACAGACGGACGGAUACAGGAGAGCGACACACGGACCCAGCGAUAGACAGGGAGAGAUACAAAGAGGGAGGGAGUACGCCCGACAGCCAGAGAAAAAGAUCGGCGUUAAAAAGAGCGGAAGAGAGAAGAUGAAUCGAAUCAAAAGAUGAAAUGAAUUUUAAAAAAAAUAAAAAUUUAAGAUGAAACGUAACUUGAGAACAGAAACCAGAUGCCAGGCCAGAAGAGAGACUGCGUGAGGAUGGAGG